CCGUCCAUCGCUAUCAUAUACAUGGAAGCGGGCGGGCUGGUCUUGACGCGACCGAGUGGACUUGAACUUGGACUUUCUCUGCAGGUCGAUCAGGCUUUCUGGGCGCGCGACAGCGACACGGCUUUUGCAAGUCACCAGGUUCCCGCUGCUCCUUCCUCGUCCUUCCCAGCCAUGCGCCUGCUCAUGUUGCUGGACAACGCAUACCUGCUCUUCAGCUCCACCUUCAACACGCUGUGUGUCGGUGCCGCUCUUCCCCUAGACGAACUCGUCGGCCUUCUCGGUUGCGAGAUCCCCCAAGACCCUCAUGUCGACCUCGCCGGUAUCAAAGCCGAUGGCUUCGUUCUGCACUGGAAGCCUGCCGACGAGCGCAAAUCCAUGCACCGCUAUGAGAUCCAACUCAACGGCUCUAUAAUCGGUCACGUCUCACACUCCAACACGUCUAUCGUCAUCUCCAAUCUGCGCCCAAGCCAACUGUACAUCGUGCGCGUCAUCACCGUCAACGCCGUCGACUUUCGCGCCGCCAGCAGCCCGAUCCGUCUCUGUACAAAGUCGCCGGAAUCCCAAGACUUUUUCGACACCCCCAACAGCUCCCUGCCAUCGUCUUCCGGCCCUGUCAUACGUCCGCUGCACGUCUUUCCACCAGAUGUCUCGACUGUCCCCGCCACACCGCCUCCUCUUGUUCGUGAGACAAGCAACGGUCCUCUUCAGGCCAAGAAAAGCCUUUUCAGCAGACGUCCAUCACCCCUGCCUGGUCUUGACACUCAGCUUUCCUCUUUUGAUGAAAUCAAUGACCAGGACGGUCCGGGAGACAAUCAACAAGCCUUGACUGAGAAGCUGGAUGAAAUUGGUCGCGAAACGGCAGAGGUUGAGAAGCAAAUCCAGGACGAGGAGCAAGAAGCCAUAGCCGCGAAGGCCAGUCUGGUCAAGGAGCGUGAUGAAUUGAGAGGCGAGUUGAAAGAGAAGGAUGACNNACUAGCAGGGACCUGCGCAAGCAGGCUCAAUUCUCUGGAACGAAACAAUCAAGCUGCACAGAACAAGAAGAACGCCCAGGAAAGAGCUCUCCAGCAGAAACAAAGUGAAAGACAGAAGCUCAAGGACGAUGCUGCGAGGUGGCAGAAAGAGAUGGCGCAGAUGCAGGACGACAUGGGCAGCAUUGCGGAUCAGAAAAAGGCACUGCUUGAAGACACGGAACGUGAAAAGAUCGAAUUGAUGGACAAACAGGCUCAAGAAAUACAGACGCUCAAGAGUAUGGAAGACGAAAACAAGGAAGUCGGUGGCCAGAUCAAGAAACUCGAGAGGGACACGACAAACUCGCCCAGUGGAUCCGAACCCAACGACCACAAUGACGCUCUUGCUGCCAUGGAGGCCGAGGAAGACCGCGCAUGGACUGACAAACUCAGACGAUUGGAGGAACAGUAUGUGAUCGCUCACCAAAACAUGGACGCCGCGCGCCGCUUUUUCGACACUGCCUACAGCCAACUGGCCAUGGUCAAGCAACGCCAGUCCGAGCUGUCCCAGAUGGCUUCGGCUGUUCCACCAACCUUCGACGCUCCCAUCUCGCGUGCCAGCAGUCUGCGCCAAAGACGUCCCCCGAGCGGCCCUUCUGCAAACAACUCAACCGCUUCUCCAUUCGCUUCUUCCACUGCUCCUGCCUUCAGCAGUGCCCUGGCAACUUCUGGUCCAACAACCAUUUCCCCAAGCUUCACCACCUCAGCAUCCUCCUUCUUUAACAUCAACAACGGCAUGACCCUUGACCGUCCCAUGAGCGACUUUUCUCCUGCAGAAAUCGAAAAGCUGACUGGAGGUGCUCCCAUGAGUCCGAGUGCAGGUGCUGAACUUUUGCCUGCAGGCUUACUCAGUAAUGCUGACGAAGACCCGCCCGAUCGUUUCCUUGGUCCAGCCGCCCACAUUCAUGCAAAGGAUGACGACGAUACAGGUUCUGAGGGCAGACAAGCUUCAAACCACAUGUUGCCUGGUCUUGGUGUUCUUCCAGGCUUAGGUGCUCUACCUGGUCUUGGCGCCUCGAGGCCUUUUGAUCAACAUCAAGGUCCGACAAGCCCAAACUCUGCCAGCAGCAGAUCGCCUAGUCUGUUUGCCAGCCCGCGCGCUAGUGCAAGCAAUCUAAUGUUCAAUUCACCCGACGUUGCUGUCGACAGUGACCGCCGCUCCAUCAGGUCUAGCACAUCUGGUCGUGCAGCAAGCGGUAGUGCACCUCACACUAGUGGUAGUCGUUUCGGUCAGAUCCUCGGGCUCGACAAGCUCAACCGUCAGCGCGGUAAGACGCUGUCUGAGCAAGGUCCAGCUUUGGGCUCCUUGAGCAAGUCACAAAGCCAAUCGUUACCACGCAAUGAUGAGGGAGAUGAGGCUACCGGAUCGGGACGCCGUAGGAACAGCAGUCACUCGGGCAACUUCUUUGGCAUCAACCUGGGAAGAACAACUGGCCAUACUAAGAGUAUGGGAGCUGAAAGCAUGCCUAGUCAGAAACACAUCGCUGUGCGUAGGAGACCUUUCAAUAUGUUCGGCUCCAAGACCGAUGGAUGGGCCGCAAUCCUGGGUCAAGACAGAGCGACUGCUUUGAACGAGAGAAGUAAUGUUCUAAGCAACUUGGGCAAAGAUGACGGCAGAUCGUCUCCUCGUCCUAUCUCUGUUCACUCCAACGAGCUGCCUCGACCUUCUCAGGACAGUUCCUCAUGGGGUCUCUGGUCAUCGAACGAACCAUUCAACCAAAGGAGUAGCCCACUCAGCUCCGAUUGGAUGGCUGCGCCGGCAGUGACACACAACAUGUGGGGUUCCAGACAACCAUCCAGGCGUCCUUCAAUCCAGCACGGGCAAUCUGGUGGUAGCCUGCCAUAUGAUAUGCUUGAUGACGGUAUCGACAACAACAGCUCUUACGCCUUCAGCCCACCGCAAUCGACAGCCAGUUUGGCCCCGAUUGGCACGAAGCCGGCUCACAUGCUCAAGCGCAAUAUACCCGACCCCAAGCUCAACCCAGCAGCCAAGGACUUCCGCUCGCUGUUUUCACGUCCUAGCUCGACUUCUUCGGAUGCUGAAGACGAGGAAGAUGACAAGAUCAACCUGAUCGGUGCAACACCACUCACUUCUCCUUCCAAGGCGCCUCAUCAGCCUCUUCCUUUAAAUCUUGACCCAGAGUCCUCACCAGAGAUUGGCCGCCAGUCGAGAGACGCUCAUUCAAUCAACACAGCCUCGUCCGUCCUCUCCGACUCCCGCGAUAGCCUAGACCGCAGCAUCAGCUACACAGCCUCCGACUCUGCACCCUCAACCUCGGUCACCUCUAACAAAGGUUCCUCGCUCAUGUCGAAACUCACCCGCAAGCACAGCAGCGGCAAGUUCCAAUUCCCAACCUUCUCUCGCUCCACCACCGAGAAGGGCAAACGUGAGUCGACACAGCUCCUGGACGUUGAAGACGAGGAAAGCAUGAGCAAGAGUAUGGAAAGCGAGAAAGGAAAGGGCAGCGUAAGGUCUUGGAGUAGUGUAUUUGGUGUGGGCAAGAAGAAGGAUAAAAUUCCACAGACACCCAAAGAGGAGACGCCUAGUCUGUCUGGUGCCAGUUUUGCUAGCACAGAUCAUGGCGAGGAGGACUAG